GCCGCCCGGGGCCCCCAGGCUGAGAGGGGGCCGGAGCGGCGCCCCCGCCGCCCGCGCGGGGUCUCCCCCAUGGUGCAGCGGGGUUCGGGAUGUCGAAGACGCUGAAGAAGAAGAAGCACUGGCUCAGCAAGGUGCAGGAGUGCGCGGUGUCCUGGGCCGGGCCCCCGGGCGACUUGGGCGCCGAGAUCCGGGGCGGCGCGGAGCGCGGCGAGUUCCCCUACCUGGGGCGGCUCCGCGAGGAGCCCGGCGGGGGCACCUGCUGCGUCGUCUCGGGCAAGGCGCCCAGCCCGGGAGAUGUGCUGCUGGAGGUGAACGGGACGCCUGUCAGCGGGCUCACCAACCGGGACACCCUGGCUGUCAUCCGCCACUUCCGCGAGCCCAUCCGUCUCAAGACUGUGAAGCCAGGCAAAGUCAUUAAUAAAGAUUUGCGACAUUACCUAAGUCUUCAGUUUCAGAAAGGAUCAAUUGACCACAAACUGCAGCAAGUGAUCAGAGAUAAUCUCUAUUUGAGAACCAUUCCAUGCACUACAAGGGCCCCCAGGGAUGGGGAAGUACCAGGGGUGGACUAUAAUUUCAUUUCUGUUGAACAAUUCAAAGCACUGGAAGACAGUGGAGCGUUAUUAGAAAGUGGAACGUAUGAUGGAAACUUCUAUGGAACUCCCAAGCCUCCAGCAGAGCCCAGCCCUUUCCAGCCAGAUCCGGUUGAUCAGGUCCUCUUUGAUAAUGAGUUUGACACAGAAUCCCAAAGAAAACGAACCACAUCUGUCAGCAAGAUGGAAAGAAUGGACAGCUCUCUUCCUGAAGAGGAAGAAGAUGAAGACAAGGAAGCUGUCAAUGGCAGUGGAAAUGCAGCAGAGAACAGAGAGAGGCAUUCUGAGUCAUCUGAUUGGAUGAAGACCGUCCCAAGUUACAAUCAAACGAAUAGUUCCAUGGACUUUAGAAAUUAUAUGAGAGAUGAGAAUCUGGAACCACUGCCCAAAAACUGGGAAAUGGCCUACACUGACACGGGGAUGAUCUACUUCAUUGACCACAAUACCAAGACAACCACCUGGUUGGAUCCUCGUCUUUGUAAGAAAGCCAAAGCCCCUGAAGACUGUGAAGAUGGAGAACUUCCUUAUGGCUGGGAGAAAAUAGAGGACCCUCAGUACGGGACAUACUAUGUUGAUCACCUUAACCAGAAAACCCAGUUUGAAAAUCCAGUGGAAGAAGCCAAAAGGAAAAAGCAGUUAGGACAGGCUGAUACUGGGUCUUCAAAACCAGAUACGGAAAAAUCACACUUUACUCGAGAUCCAUCCCAGCUUAAAGGCAUCCUUGUUCGAGCAUCACUGAAAAAAAGCACAAUGGGAUUUGGUUUUACCAUUAUUGGUGGAGAUAGGCCUGAUGAGUUCCUACAAGUGAAAAAUGUGCUGAAAGAUGGUCCUGCAGCUCAGGAUGGGAAAAUUGCACCAGGUGAUGUAAUUGUAGACAUCAAUGGCAGCUGUGUCCUUGGUCACACCCAUGCAGAUGUUGUCCAGAUGUUUCAGCUGGUGCCUGUCAAUCAGUAUGUAAACCUCACUUUAUGUCGUGGUUAUCCACUUCCUGAUGACAAUGAAGAUCCUGUUAUGGACAUUGUUGCUGCUAUCCCUGUCAUCAAUGGACAGUCAUUAACUAAGGGAGAGACUGGCAUGAAUACUCAGGAUUUUAAGUCAGGAGCAGUGGUUCUGGACCAGAAUGGAAAAUCAGGACACACCUUGAUCAGUGAUCGUCUCAAUGGACCAUCAGAUCUGAGCGAGCAGAGAGCAUCUAUGGCAUCUUCAGGCAGCUCCCAGCCUGAACUAGUGACUAUCCCUCUGAUUAAGGGCCCCAAAGGCUUUGGGUUUGCAAUUGCAGACAGCCCAACUGGACAGAAGGUGAAAAUGAUAUUGGAUAGUCAGUGGUGUCAAGGCCUACAGAAAGGGGAUAUAAUUAAGGAAAUUUACCACCAAAAUGUGCAGAAUUUAACACAUCUCCAAGUGGUAGAGGUGCUAAAGCAGUUUCCAGUAGGUGCAGAUGUACCAUUGCUUAUCUUAAGAGGAGGUCCUCCUUCACCAACUAAAACUGCCAAAAUGAAAACAGAUAAAAAGGAAAAUUCGGGAAGUUUGGAGGCCGUAAAUGAGCCCAUCCCCCAGCCCAUGCCUUUCCCACCCAGCAUUAUCAGGUCAGGAUCCCCGAAACUGGAUCCUUCUGAGGUCUACCUGAAGUCUAAGACUUUAUAUGAAGAUAAACCACCAAACACCAAAGAUUUGGAUGUUUUUCUUCGGAAACAGGAGUCAGGGUUUGGCUUCAGAGUGCUGGGAGGAGAUGGACCUGACCAGUCUAUAUACAUUGGGGCCAUCAUUCCUCUGGGUGCAGCUGAGAAAGAUGGUCGGCUGCGUGCAGCUGAUGAGCUGAUGUGCAUUGAUGGAAUUCCGGUUAAAGGGAAAUCACACAAACAAGUCCUAGAUCUAAUGACGACUGCUGCUCGAAAUGGCCACGUGUUAUUAACGGUCAGAAGAAAGAUCUUCUAUGGUGAGAAACAACCUGAGGAUGACAGCUCUCAAGCCUUCCUUUCAGCCCAGAAUGGAUCUCCCCGCCUGAACCGAGCAGAGGUCCCAGCCAGGCCUGCUCCCCAGGAAGCGUACGAUGUUGUCUUGCAACGAAAAGAAAAUGAAGGAUUUGGCUUUGUCAUUCUCACUUCCAAAAACAAGCCACCUCCAGGAGUUAUUCCUCAUAAAAUUGGCCGGGUCAUAGAAGGAAGUCCAGCUGAUCGCUGUGGAAAGCUGAAAGUUGGAGAUCAUAUCUCGGCUGUGAAUGGACAGUCCAUUGUUGAAUUGUCCCAUGACAACAUUGUUCAGCUGAUCAAAGAUGCCGGUGUCACUGUCACACUAACAGUCAUUCCUGAAGAAGAGCAUCUUGGUCCACCAUCAGGAACAAACUCAGCCAGGCAAAGCCCAGCCCUGCAGCACAGGCCCAUGGGACAGUCACAGGCCAACCACAUACCUGGGGACAGAAAUGCCACAGAGGGUGAAGCUGGAAAAGACGUCUCCAUUUCGUACAGACACUCGUGGUCUGACCACAAGCACCUCGCACAGCCUGACACAGCGACGAUCUCGGUCAUAGGCACUCGGCACAGUCAGAGCCUGGGCUGUUACCCGGUGGAGCUGGAGCGGGGCCCGCGGGGCUUCGGCUUCAGCCUGCGGGGCGGGAAGGAGUACAACAUGGCCCUCUUCAUCCUGCGUCUGGCCGAGGACGGGCCUGCCAUCAAAGACGGCAGGAUUCACGUUGGUGACCAGAUUGUUGAGAUCAAUGGGGAACCUACACAAGGCAUCACACAUACUCGAGCAAUUGAGCUCAUUCAGGCCGGUGGAAAUAAAGUUCUUCUUCUUCUGAGGCCAGGAACUGGCUUGAUACCUGACCACGGUGAUUGGGAUACUAAUAGUCCUUCAUCUUCAAACGUGAUUUAUGAUGAACAGUCACCAUUUCCCCCAUCUUCACACACUGCUUCCAUAUUUGAAGAGUCUCAUGUGCCAGUAAGUGAAGAAUUUUUAAUGAGAGUUCAGAUAUGUGAAAGGGCAGAAGAAUUCAAGGACAUUGUGCCUGAAAAGAAAAGCACUUUAAAUGAAAAUCAACCUGAUUUAAAGCAUCAAUCUCUUCUCCAUAAAAAUGUGAAUAAAAGGGAUCCACCCAACAGUCAUGGGCACAGUGAUAAGAAAAAUCUCUUGAAAGUAGAAAAUGGUGUCACGCAAAGAGGUAGAUCUGCUAGUCCCAAAAAGUCAGCCAGUCGCUAUUCAGAGGAGCACUCCUCUGAAAAGAUUCCCAGUCCUCUAAAAAAUGACCCCAAAAGAAGACCCAGAGAUCGAUCACUCAGCCCCAGGAAAGGGGAGAAUAAAAGUUGUCAGAUCAGCACGAGGGCAGGUUCUGGACAAGAUCACUGCAAAAAAAGCAGAGGACAGUCUUCAAGCCCAAAGAAGCAGCAAAAACCUGAAGGGAGCAAAGACCAACCAAGUGCGAGUGGAAGAGGAGGGGGCCGUGCCAGUGACAGUGCUGAGCAGAGCGCAGGUGCGAGGGAAAGCGCAGGUGUCAGCAGGAGAGAUCCGAACCAGAGUCAGCCUGGAAAAAACAGAACCAGGUCUCCAGAGAAAAAGAGCAAGAGAACGGAUGAAACUUCUCUUCCAUCCAAAAAGACUAACCCUGCUGGUAAAGUAGUGUCGGAAAAUGAAAAAGGGAAGAAAGCAACCUUAGGAGAAGCAAGUCCCAGUAAAGAGAAAACAGGAGAAAAUGUCAAAAUGGCAGAAAAGAAGCUGAAGCAGGAACCCGAAGAAAGAACGGUUUUAAACAAAAUAGAAGAUCACAAAGGCAAAGAAGUAGAGGCGGCUGACAAAAACAAAGAGAGCGGAGGGCUCAGACCUGAGAGCGGUUCUCCAGUUAAGAAAACACCCAUCACGCCAGGGCCGUGGAAGGUGCCCAGUGCAGGCAGAGCCACAGGCACUACUGGUGUGGCCGAGAAGCGGCUGUGA